AUGCGAGAGCAUGCGAGUCGCCAUGUGACAAUUGCUGAUCCGACGCCUGUCCCCUCCUCAACUCGUUCCAGCUCGCCUACCAAUGACGUCCCCAGCAGAAAGACAUUUGUGCACAGGCGUCUGCGUACAAUUUCGGGCUCAAAAUCCGAAGAUCACCUGAUGAUGACGGAAAGUGGACGUUUUUUCGCAAGUGAAAGACCUGGAAAAAUUAUUAUUUAUAAUUUGCAGCGCGUUUAUACAAAGGGGCGCCCGCCAUGGUAUGAUCGAGAAGGAAAAAAUCUCAAGCAACCGUAUGUUAUCGGAAUUUGUGGUGGUUCUGCUUCUGGAAAGACUACUGUUGCUAGAAGAAUAAUUGAACGACUUGAAAUGCCCUGGGUUACCGUCCUUUCCAUGGAUUCUUUUUACAAAGUCCUGAGUGAAGAGCAGCACCACUUGGCAGCUAGGCAUGAAUAUAAUUUUGAUCAUCCGCAGGCCUUCGAUUUUGAUUUGAUGUACGAAACAAUACGCCGCCUUCGCGACGGGAAGAGCGUUGAGGUGCUCCAUUUUUACUUCAUAGACUUAAUUAGCGUCUUUUAUUCCGUAAAGAUAAAAAAAAAA